AUGAUGGAGUUUAAUGGUCCCGACGCCGUGCCACCUUUCAAGACCGAAGCGGCCAGAGACCACCUGCUGCUCCUACGACAUUUCACCGAGAUUCUGAACUAUGCCGAGCACUCUACACAAGGGAUCGACGCCUUCCUGGCCAGCGCCGAGGCUCGAUAUGUCCAGUAUCUGGACCUUUUGCUGUCAAAUACAGGGGACAACGUUGACGUGGAAAUUCUGCCUCCCUGGGAUGUUGCUAUUGUCUUCCAUGCCCACCACCUCGCCCCCUUCACAUUCAUGGCAGACCUCCACUACCGGAAGCGGUACGCACCACUGAAACGUGCGCAGCGAGAUUUCCCUCUGGCUGGCCUCGUCAGCCUGAUUAAUGACAAUGAAUGGUCCCACGACCUGUCUGAAGCGAUUUGGGUAUCUGUAUAUCCAAAUACUCCCUACCAGGUUUGGAACAACCACCCGCAAGAUGAUGGUCUGCUUGCCCUACCGGAAGUGGAACAUUUCCUGUGCCCCCGUCAACAAUGUGAGCGCCGGAUUACUGUCGACUGGGACGAGUGGGCGCAAAUGCGCAUCGGGGCCGGUGAAAUUCAAUGCCAUGGCUGCAACAGCACAUUCACUCGCGACGAAAUCUGCCGUAUAUCACUCAGGUCUGACGUUGUGCGAUUCAUCCGUGACAAGCCUUCAGAUCUGGCUUCGCAGCAUUUCCGUGGUGCAGUCGUCAACUCGAUGGGUGUCGAGCGCACAUGCAAUUCCACCCGAGAUCUGCGUCAGGUAGGAGGAUUCGCGAGCAUUGCCCGACAUCGUGGUAUGAACUGGAACUCAUGGGAUGGCCUGGUAUCCUCAUUGCCCUCUGGCUGUGCUGCAAAGCCGCGCGUCGAGCGUCUUCUGGCCUCCAUUCGCCGGGCCUACUCGAAUAAUGUGUGGCCCGACUUUAGUAUUGAUCUUAUCGAGGCGGCGAAGCGCCAACGCUCUUUUUCCCAUCGUGUCACGCUUCAGACCCAAGGAUUCAAUCUUGCUGCGGCUUCGACACGAUACUACCAAUUCAUGAAGCUGCUUGCUGUCGAAAGUCCAACCAAGGAAUUGCCUUCUUUGGUGCCCACUCUUGACAUUGACCUUUUCUGGCACACGCAUCAGAUGUUUCCAACUUUUUAUCACUCAUGGUGUGAUGAGCAUGUCCAGCGACGUAUCAACCAUGAUGAUACUGUGAAUGAGUCGGCUCUGGCGAGAAGCCUGCAAGAAACCCAAACAGCCUGGAAAGACCGUUUCGGUGAGUCAUAUAUCGCACCCAAAGAAAGCCAUGGGAAAAAGGAUGGUUCACCAUGCGCUACUGCUGCCAUGCCAACGAACGACGUAAAGAAGAAGGAGGACCCAGAUGCGAAUUCGAAGAAUGUGGGUGAAACCGCUCGAGAUACCUUGAUUGCUGCAGAUCCUGAUAAGAGCGCUGAUCACGAUGGUGCUCGCUCGAGCAACCGGGACUCGAGCUUAUUUGGGCGUUUGAUGCGUCUCAUGCGGCCGCUUCCUCUUGAUUGGGAAUGGGAAUUGUUAAACUCAAACACCAUUCAGUAUAUUAACACACAAACCGACAAAACCUUUUUCGUGCACCCGUACAAACUUGAUCAAACGCAUGAUUUGGGACCCCUCCCCUCUGGAUGGGAGAUGCGUUUGACAAAUCUGUCUCAAGUGUACUUUGUGGAUCACAACACCCAGUCAACUUCAUGGCACGAUCCCCGUCUUCCAAAACCUGAAGAAGAGGACAAUGAUAUCGAGGAAGAGACUGAAGAUCUGGUCGAGAAUUAUGCAAGCUCGGCUUCCGUUCAGGAGCUUCUCAUCGACAUGGACUGUGGGUGGGAUACUGUGAUGCUUGAAAAAUUCCAUGGAGCUGUACCCACGCAUCUGCAAUGUCGUGUCAUCCGCACUCUACUUCGAAACCUGUCCAACGAGUUUGUUGAUGGCCUGAAAGACACAGAUCAGCCACUAUUGCAGGAGCGACUGCGGAGAGCGCAAGUACUCAUCGGCACUUACAUUGAUGAAGAUGAUACCGAGGAGGGAGAGGCAGUCUCUAAGCUGCUCAAAGAUUUGCCUACCGUCCAGCCGGAGGUGUGGGCGCAGCUAACCGAAGAAACUAUUCCGAGAAUGUGUAACCAGCAGGUCGGCAUGUUCAGCGACGACGAACCAGCCACCAUUCUGAGUGACAUUGUCCGUGCUGAGAUCUAUCCCGUGGUCCUGUUGCAUUAUUUUCAAUUGGUGGUACAAGCAUCUCUGAUCACUUUUGACGCCGACGAAGAUAAGAAUGACACCAAUGAGAAGGACAAGGGAAUCUUGUCCAUGCAAGACUGGGCACAGGCGUGCAUUUGCCAUUUCCGGGCAAAUUCGGCUGUGGCGUCGGAUGAAUUACCUGGCCCCUUGUUUUACGAGCAGAUGGAAAUGAUGUUCCCUAAACUCGUGCGGCAGCUGUGGACCGAUUUGGCCGAGUCCUUGAAAGAACUUAUAACGGUGUGGCAAGAGAGCUGCGCUUUGAAGGAAGCUAUACGAAUUGAGCGCAUCGAGGCACAAGAUGCCGAAGCUCGUCGAAUUCGUGAGGAAGAGGAGGAACGAAAGAUUGCCCAGCAACGACAGGACGAACUUGUCGAGAAAAUGAAUGCUAUGCGCCUAGAAAUCCAACAAAUUGAGCAAGAAACUCGCGAGUUGGAAGAACGGCGGGCAGCAGAGGCCUUUCAGCGCCUCGAGGCAGCUCGUCGAGCUCAGGAGCAUCGAUUGCAGGCACAGAGGCGCCAGCAUGUCCGCCGCCCUCCCCUUCUCAUCAAUUUCAAGCGGGUUGAGCUGCACAAGUUCGCAAUGUACGACGACGUCAAAUUGCACGACUUCAAAUUGCACGACUUCAAAUUGCACGGCGUCAAAUUGUGGGACCUCAAAUUGCACGACCUCAAAUUGCACGACCUCAAAUUGCACGACCUCGAAAUGUACCAGCUCAAAUUGUGGUACAACAAACUGUAA